AUGAAACACUACUUCCCCACUCAGCCUGCAGCAUUCAGUGAGCCAGGUGGAGUCCAGCGUCUUGGGGGUGAUAAAAGUCAGCUGGACCUUUUGUGCCUUCUCAAAGAUGUGCGUAGUCCUGUCCCCUCUUCCAGUCAUUCCCACAGCCCUGCCACACCACAGGUGAUGCCCCAAAAGGUGGCAAGUGAAGCUUACACACAAAAUACACUGACAUUAUACCCCCCCCCCCUUUUUAUAGACCAAGCCACCCUGGUAGAACAAGUAAAAAGAGUAAAAGAAAUUGAAGCCAUUGAAAGUGAUUCUUUUGUUCAGCAGACAUUCAGAUCAAGUAAAGAAGUCAAAAAGUCGGUGGAACCUGGUGACGUGAAGCACACAACUGCAGCAUCAGGACCAGCAUCAGUAGUUGCUGAUCCACCCAGUACUGAAAAAGAAAUAGACCCUAGCAGCAUCCCCACUACCAUCAAGUACCAAGAUGACAAUUCUCUGGCCCAUCCAAAUCUGUUUAUUGAGAAAGCUGAUGCUGAGGAAAAGUGGUUCAAGAGAUUAAUUGCUCUCCGACAAGAAAGGCUAAUGGGCAGUCCUGUGGCCUAAGUGAAAUACAUAUGGUUGAAUUGACAGUAACAUUGGAAAUUUAGGUUUUAAAAUCCCAGUAUUAACGUUUUAUUCUUAAAAAGCAGUUAGCUGAUUAUAUUAAAAGGUAAUACCAUUUCAUUUUUUUCUCACGUAGGCUUGAAUAUUUGUUGAUUUGAACUUAAACAUUGUGAAUAUUAAAACUAGUGUGAAAUUUAACAAUGCAUGAAAAUGUCAUACUGUUAAUAAAGCUAAUCUUAAAAAUAUCAGUGAUAAUAAAAAUAAAUGGUACA